AAGUCAUGCCUCCUGCUGCAGUUCACCGACAAGCGGUUCCAGCCCGUGCACGACCUGACCAUCGGCGUCGAAUUUGGGCAGCGGAUGGUCACCAUCGGCAAGAAGAAAAUAAAGCUUCAGAUCUGGGACACGGCAGGUCAGGAGGCUUUCAGGUCAAUCACAAAAUCCUACUACAGAGGUGCGGCCGCGGCUCUCCUGGUUUAUGACAUCACCAGGAGGGAAACCUUCAACCACGUCGCGAGCUGGCUGGAAGAAAUGAGGGAGCAGGCGGACGGCAACAACAACAUCACCAUCAUGCUGGUCGGAAACAAAUCAGAUUUAGGUCAGAGGCGGGCCGUCAGCACGGAAGAGGGCGAGCAGUUCGCCAAGGAGAACGGCCUCGCCUUCAUGGAGACCUCGGCCAGGACCCGGCACAACGUGGAGGAGGCAUUCCUUCAGAGCACGUCCAUGGUGUACGAGAAGAUCCAGGAAGGCGCCAUCGAUCUCUCCAAGUGUAGUGGUGUCACGCCCGGAGUUGAUGAAUUAUGCAACCUUGACAGGGACACGCUGCCGUCUGGAGCCUAA